ACAGGGAGCAGCAGUAGAUAUGAGGUCAGCUGCAGCAGUGAGUGGAUUUGUCGUCUUCGUUCUCUUCAUGUCUGGCAGAGACCCAACCAAGCUAACAGUUCUUCACAUGACACACUCUUCACACCCUAAAUGACAGUUUUUUGUUCUAUGGUAAUGAGGAUGUGACGUUUUGACAUUGCUUCCCAGAGUUCACUGAACAACAGGGUUGACUGUGGAUUAGUGGAUUGAGGGUUUGAGCCCCAGCUCCUGCAGUCACGUUGAUGAGUCCUUGGACAAAACACUCAAACCCAAAUUCUUAAAUCUGUUUAGACUUGCUUUGGUGGAUGUUGUCUGCUGUCUUAUACUGCCUCUCUUUAAAUUUUCUACAUCUUCCUGAAUUUCCUAAUUUGAUCUUAAAGUUUUUGUCUACUCUGCUCUGUUCUGUAUUUUAUGCCUCAAUCUGAUUUUUAUUGCCGCUAUAGCACUGAUCUUCAACUGGAGGCCUGGGGGCCACAUCAGGCCCCCCACAGCUUCCCAUCCGGCCCCCAGAGCAUCACCAAAUACAGAGCAUGUGAAAAGGAAAAGAUUUUUUGUUGUUGUUUUUUUUCUAAAUAACCUCCCAACAACUAUAAAAACAACUCCAAAAACAGUUGAGAUUGAAACCAUUUCAUCCAGAUGACUUUAUGUUUCAUCCGUCUUUAUUUUUAUUAGAAAACCACCUGUCAGCCGUUACUAGCCAAUAUGAUGCAUGUCAAACACCCAUUUAUCAGUCCUUUCCUGAUAAAACUGCCAUUUUCUAUGUCAACUCCUGGCUUCAGGAAUAUUCGACUAAAAUACUCAGUCGCCCCCUUGUGGCUGGAUGUGAUAUUUAUGACUGAUCUUGCUGUUAGAGCCAAACAAUUACAUACAUUUGAAAGAAAAUCAAAAUAUUUACACAAAAAUAAAUGAAUGAGACCAUUUUUAAUACUUCUUUAGUUUUUCUAAGAGCUCAGCGCCGAAAGCACUUUGAUACGGAAAAAGCUGGUCCUUGUCCAAAUGUAGUUGAUGACCCUUCACAGCUUCACUUCUCUGAUUUAUUAUUAUUAUUAUUACUUUUAUUAUUUUAGUUUCUGGCAGUCCAUUUUUUGCAUUUAGAUUGAUUCAUCUCUAUGCAUUUAAUUGUUUAUAUCUAUUCUUAGUGUUUUGAUUUCUGUUCUCUUUUUCUUAAUAUCUUAAAUGCUCUUACAUCUCUGGUCCUUGGGUCUUUUUUAUGCAGUUAGGUUCCUGUGUUGCCUGAAUGUGUCUAGGUUAUUCUGGGUUUUCAUUCUAGAUCUUAAUUUUUUUCUGCAUUUUUAUGUUUCUGGGUUUUUAAGAUGUCUUUAUGAGAUGACAUACUGUCGGGUUAUUAAGGUUAAAGGGUUAAAUUCUUGGCUGUUUCUCAUGGAUUCCUCUGCUGUUGGUUUUGUCUUUCUUGUUGUGUUUUUAUGCUGAUGUUAUGGUGUGAUCCUUGUGAUCCCAUUGUCAAAGCAUUUGAUAAGCAUCAAAUCAGAAGCAACUGGCCACUAGAGGGCGCUGGGACACAGCCCCUUACCCCAGCCAGACACACCUCAAACACUAAUGUAAGAAUUAAAAGAUUAUAAACUUUUGAAACUGUAAAGAUCGAUUUGUCCAUGUGUUAAAUACAUGGUAUAGUCCUAGUAAAAUGUGUUUAAGAUGCAGUUUCAUCCAUAACUCUUUAGUUUUAUUAACACGUGAUGUACAGCUGAGCCUAUCAGUGUGCUUAGAUCAAAUCUGUUUGGGUCUAUGUUCAUGUGGCUUAUCAUGCGGUCAUUGGCUAAAGUCAAGACUAGUCUCUUCUCAUCUUCUCAUGUAAUUGUGUGUUUUGCAAUCUGUGGACAAGUUGUGUAAUCUUUUUCGUUUUGUCUUUCUGUAUUUACAUCAUUAUGGUCAUUUGAUUACAAAAACAUGCUGAAUGUGAGCAAAAAAAGAAUUAUCUUGAACCGUUUCUAUUCUACUUUUUAGUGUCUGAUCAUAACUUACAGCUCUUUAGUGUGCAGCAGACUGGAGUAGAUGCUGAAAUAAGCACUAGUUACUAAAAAAAUAAGGGACUGUGUUUUUUAAUCAGGUCUUAUUUUGAAUCAAAAAUUAAUUUUGCAUCAGAUCAUGACUCCCAGAUUCAGGAUUAAAUCAUGAGAUGUUGAAGGAUUCACAUCUCUAAUAUGAAUAUAGAAACUAAUUUUAAUAUAUUAGGAUAGCAUGUCUUAAUUUUCAGGCUUCACUUUAAAUUGAUAAAAUUGCAAAGCUGACAUAAUGAGCUUAAUGUCAAAAUAAUGUCUUUGACAAAAAAAUGAUCAGUGAAAAAGUAAAUUCAAAUUAAAAGUUAUUAAAAGUUAAGGGCCAUGUAUUCACAUACAUUAAUUACUCCAUUUUCCCAUGAUAACAGGGUAAAUAUCAGAGUGAAUAAUAUAUGUGAAUAUAUGGCCCUGUAGGGCUUCCGUACCUUAAAGAUAAUGAAGUCUCCAGUGUUGUCAUUUGUCUGGGAUUAGUUUUUUGUGCUUUGUGUUGCAGUGGUGCAGGCUGAGGAUGGCUGGGCAGUGACUUGCUCUCCCACUCAGAUUUGUGUCUUGAAAGGAUCGACAGUGGAAAUCAGCUGCACCUUCAGAUAUCCACUGAUGAUUAACGGACUGAAAACUACAGCUGAGAACACAUUCUGGUUUACCGGUCUGCAGGGAAAGGAGCCUUCAGAUCUGAGGGCUUCCUCUGAUUAUGCAGGUCGAGUUCAGUAUCACUGUGGUGGAAACAGGUGCACCAUGAGAAUAACAGACCUGAGAGAGAGCGACUCGGCUACGUACAAGUUUAGGUUAAUAACAAACCACAUAGGUGGGAGUUAUACCGCUGAACGUGGAGUCUCUUUGACUGUAUCAGCUAUCCAGGUCAAGAUUGACAAAACUGAACCAUGUUGGUCAGACCCCUGCUCAUGGUCACAGCUUAAGUGUGUCAGCAGAUGUCCUCUAUCUGGUCAAACAUCCUUCAUUUGGUAUGAAAAUGAAAAGAGAGUUCUGAAAAAAACGAGUCAGUCAUGGGAAAAAUACUUUUAUUCUGCAGAAAGUUAUUCAUGUGCUGUUCAGGGACUCGAGGACUCCCUAUCACCUUCAGUGUGUGGCCAUGGUCAUUCAUGUCACAGAGUGACUUAUGCUGACAGAAGAAUCUGUGCCUUCAGAGGCUCAUCAGUGGAGAUUUCUUCUACUUUCAACAGUUAUGAGAAUACCGUAUCAAAAUUCUGGUUCAGGACUGACAGAAGCUUCCAGCAUUUUGGUGAACAACCUGAGGAUUCAGGUCGUAUUCAAGUCUUUGAAACACAGAAAGGACGCUCCACUUUGAGGAUCUCUGACCUGAGAGAGACCGAUUCUGCAGAAUAUCGCUUCAAAUUCACAACAACACGUUUUGAAUGGCAAAGCAGAUUUCCUGGAACGACUCUGACUGUCAGAGAUCCAGAUUUACAGGUGCAGGUGAUCAAGUCUUCUAGCGGUCCAAAGCUGAUUUGUCACAGCAGCUGUAUUCAAGGUGGUCGCUCUCCCUUCACUUGGUUUGAGAAUGGAACCAAAAUAAUGGAGCAAACAUCUUCAUCUUAUAGAUGCUCUGUUGACCCUGCAGGCGUUUACUCCUGCUCUUAUGAGGAUUAUCGCUCUACUUCAGUGUAUGCUCCAACAGCUCCUACAGUGUUGAUGAUUCCCACUGGUGACAUUAUGAAGAACAGCUCAGUGACUCUGAACUGUAGCAGUGAUGCUAACCCACCACCUAAAUACACCUGGUACAAGAGGAACCAAUCAUUGCUCAGAGGAUCACAGCUUGUCCUCGACUCCGUCCAGUCCUCUGACUCUGCAGAAUAUCACUGUGUAGCUGACAAUAAUCUGGGAAGGAGGACAUCUGAACAUGUUUUUAUUGAUGUGAAAUAUGGUCCACAGACUGCUAUUUUGACCUUGAAUCCUUCAGCAGAGGUCGCGGAGGGCCUUCCUUUGACUCUUAACUGUAGUAGUGAUGCUAACCCAGCAGCUACAUACACGUGGUACAAGGCAAACCAAAUUCUGAGACAUGGACCGGUAAACAUUUAUGAUUUCACCUCACUCAGCUCUGAAGACAAAGGGAUCUACUCCUGCAAGUCUGAGAAUCAAUAUGGACAUGUCAGCUCUGCUCCUCUAUUUUUAGAUGUUCAGUAUGCUCCAAAGCCUCCCUCUGUGUCAGCAAGGCCCUCUGCUGAGAUAGUGGAGGGCAGAGCCGUGACCCUCAUGUGUAGCAGUGAUGCUAACCCAGCAGCUAAUUACACCUGGUACAAGGAGAAUGAAGACUCACCUCUAGCUUCAGGACAGAUCUUCUCCAUCGCUGACUUCAGUGCUAAACACAGUGGUAAUUACUACUGUGAAGCCCUGAACACAAGGGGGCGCCAUAACUCCACCUUCAUCUCCAUUAUAGUGGCAGAUAAAAGGACAGCAGCAGCUGUAGGAACAGUAACUGCACUUCUCCUGGUUAUCGUUCUCCUUAUUGUCUUCAUUUGUAUCAGGAGAAAACAACUCAAACAACAAUCAACGAGUAGAGAGAGACGUGACAACGGAGAACAGUCACGAACAGGUCCAGUGUAUGACAACCUGUCAGCUGUAGCUCAGAGACGACCGCCAGAACAGCAGGACCCCCUUCGCAAUGCAACCAUCAGCUUCUUUCAGGACCAGGUGGAUGUUGUCUAUGCAAGUGUCAAACCAGCUCACAGACGAGCACAGAACAGGAGCACAGAGGAUGAAGUUGAAUAUGCAAGUGUCAUACCAGCUCACAGACGAGCACAGAACAGGAGCACAGAGGAUGAAGUUGAAUAUGCAAGUAUCAGAAUUCAAACUGCCAGCAGACUUCCAAGGGCAAAUCACGAGGCUGGAGAUGAUUCCUUUGCCCUCUACAGUACAGUCAAACCCAGAUAAACACAAGCACUUGGAUCUUUUUUUCUCUGAUGCCUUAUUUUGGACUUUUUAUGCCUUUAUUGAAAACACAGGACAAUGGAUUGAGUUGGAGAGAGAGUGGGGGAUGGCAUGCUGGGCACAGAUUUGAACCUGGGCAGUCCACUUUGAGAACAGCUUCUGUAAAUGGAGGGGGGUCUGCAGCACAGACAUGAACGCUAGACUACCAGUACCCCAACAUUCCCUUUUUGAAAGUUGUUUGCAAUCUUGAAGCUUAAAAUAAUGUGUCUCUCUGCAAAAAUAACAACUGAGGCCUCUCCCAGGCCAGAUGCGAUAUAUAAGACCUCCACAGGGAGGGGACCAGGAGGCAUACUGAUCAAGGUGCCUGACCCACCUUGACUAUCUCCUUUUAAUGUGAAUGAGCAGUGGCUCUUCUUUGAGUUCCCUUCAGAUGUCAGAGCUCCUCACCCUGUCUCUAAGGCUGAGCCCAGACACCCUCCUGAGGAGUCUGCUAUCGACCACCUGAACCUGCGAUCCCAUUCUUUUAGUCCUUACUCAGAGUUCAUGACCAUAGGUGAGGUUUGGGACAUAGAUUGACCAGUAAAGUGAAAGCUUGUCAGUCUCAUGGACUCGUUUUAAGUUAUCCUGUGUUUUAUAUGCUUUUUUGUGCUUUUAAAUGAAUCCUACCAUGAUUAUGAUAAGAACCUUGAGCUUCUGCUACCUUUAUUCAACUAAAUGACUUAAUCUCCUGUGGCCUUUAGACACCUGCCUGCAUCACCUUACCAGUUACUGUACACUAUGGGGUCUGCAUUCACACAUUGACUGAUCAAUGCUGAAAGGAUGAAUGAAUUUUAUUUUGGUUGUAUACAUCUGAACAAAACAAACCCCAACAAGAUCAUUUUAAACCAAAAACUUUAAUCAUUUUAUAUCUACGUUUCAACAUAACCUACAGUAUCUCCUCAUAAUUAAUCUCAAGAUAGCUUUUCCUCAGAUUGUGUCUUCCUGUUCUUAUAGAGUCUUUUAUUCAUAACAUAUUAGCCAACAUUGUGUAUGGAUUGGUACUGGGGUGGAGGGGUGAGGUCAUAUUUUCCUUUAUUUGUGUAUUUGUUUGUUUGUGACACACUUUG